GGCAUUGUCAAUACCCAUCUGUUUACUGGAAAGACUUUUGUUCAUGCUGUAAAUGGAUGACUCUUGUACAAAUUCUUUUUAUUUGCAGGCCUAAGCCUAACUGUGAUGAACUUAUUCAUUGAGCAACUUUUUCAUAUUAAGAAGACAUUAGGAGUUGCUUAGCACCCACAGUCCGCAUUACCAAUUGAGGUAGCUCGGUGCCUACUUAAUCUUCAAUGAGAAAGGGAAUGUUAUUUAGAAGCAGAGAAUUCUUCGAUCAUCUCACAUAAAAUUGGGUCCCCUGUGAGGAAUUCACAUGUGAUGUUCACAUUAAGAUGGAGGAACUAGACUUGACCAGACUAUCUAGUAAUUUACUCCAACUGAUCGACUGCUACGUCACUAAAAAUCUGGUUUCAGACAUUGGCUUCCAAAUAUAAUCAAGACCAUUUGUCUAAUGAUGCAAAGGAGACAUACUGGAGAUGGCUUAACCUCAGGGUCCGAUCAUGAACCAUGUGGUAGAAGACAAGCCUGACAGUUCUCUCUUCUUCUAAACAUAUGUUGAAAAAAUGAUAAAGAAUUAGAAUUCAAGCAAAUUUAUGCAACAUCCCUGCUCCCUCCUUCAAGUUCCAACCCUACACAAGCACAUGCUGAGUAGAGUUAAAGAAUGACUGCUCAGCUGGCCCACGUGCCAUUAUUGGCCCAAUGAUUGAUUUAAAGCCAUCUUACCCCUCUUACCUUUUAGUUUUCCCUUUCUAUCCUCAACCCAAUAUCUUAUAUCUGACAUUUGAUGCAAAGAAGACCAUCUUCACCAUUCAUUUCCUUGAUAUUUGUACUCCACGCUUGACAUUAUUUAAGGUUUUGACUAUCUAAAGGAACAGAUCGAAGUGGCUAUCAUCUUCGCUUGCUAGGAAGAGGGGCAAUCAAGAGAACUCAUCAUCAACUUGGUUCUUUUCUAUCUACGGAUAUUUGGGCCAACAAGAUUUCACCUUCCAGUGAUCUGCUUCAUUCCUAAAUUUGAGAACAGAAAAGUUUGCUCGAGAGCAGGUGAAAUGGCCAAUCUUAGAAGUCCUAAAUUCCUGGUCCUAUAUUCUUUUCAGUUAUUUUUUUUGGUGCAAAUCCAAGUCUCCUGCUACCAGUACAAGGUUGGAGAUUUAGAUGCUUGGGGUAUUCCCACUUCAGCAAACCCACAAGUCUACUCUUUUUGGCCCAAAUACCACACCUUUCAGAUUGGAGAUUCUCUCUUGUUCUUGUACCCACCAAGUCAAGAUUCCGUGAUUCAAGUCACAGAACAAAACUACAACUCCUGCAACCUGACAGAUCCACUAUUGUACAUGAACAAUGGCAAUUCUUUAUUUAACAUCACUGCACCCGGGGUGUUCUACUUCACCAGUGGAGUUCCAGGGCACUGUGAACAGAAGCAGAAGCUACGCAUAUCUCUGCUUUCUGGGAAUGGUUCAGCUUACUCUCCCUCUUAUGGUCCUAGUGCAUUGCCAGAAACUGCAGCACCCUCUUACCCCACUGUGUUUGGGACAAUCCCAUUGCCACCUUCUUCCUCACCAACAAAGAGAUUUUCAAUAUUCUUAUCUGCCUUUAUUGGCGCAGCGAUUUCUGCAAUGAUCAAUGGCUUCAUGUGAAGGACACAAUUACCAGGACACAAAUGAGGAUCGAUACACACAUACACACAUAUAUAUACAUAUCACUUUAUUGGUUUUUCAGGUCCAGCAUAUUGAUUCAUAUAUAAAAUUUUGGUGGUGUUAUUAUUUUCAGUGAUUCAAGAGAAAGAAUAAAAUGGUGGUUCUUUUC